AUGGCUACCAAAACACAAUGUUAUCACAUCUCUUUGACAUUGCUUUUCUGCAUGGCAUUCUGGACUUUUCAAGUCACAUCUCGCACUCUCCAAGAUGUGUCCAUGCAUGAGAGGUAUGAGGAAUGGAUGACUCGUCAUGGCAAAGUGUAUAAGGACCCACAGGAAAAGGAGAAGCGUUCAAAAAUAUUCGAAGAAAAUGUAAACUACAUUGAAGCCUUCAACAAUGCUGGCAAUAAACCUUACAAGCUCGGUGUUAAUCAAUUUGCAGACCUCACCAAUGAGGAGUUCAUAGCAACAAGAAAUAGGUUCAAGGGUCACAUGUGUUCCUCUAUCACAAGGACAACCUCGUUUAAGUACGAAAAUAUGACUGCAGUUCCAUCCUCAGUGGAUUGGAGACAAAAAGGUGCAGUUACACCAGUCAAGGACCAAGGCCAAUGUGGAUGUUGUUGGGCCUUUUCUGCAGUUGCCGCAACUGAAGGAAUUCAUGCACUCACUGCUGGAAAAUUGAUCUCUUUGUCGGAACAAGAACUUGUUGAUUGUGACAUAAAGGGUGUGGACCAGGGUUGUGAAGGUGGCCUUAUGGAUGAUGCUUUCAAAUUCGUCAUCCAAAAUCACGGACUCAACACCGAAGCCAAUUACCCUUAUCAGGGUGUUGACGGACAAUGCAAUGCGAAUGCAGCAGUCAAACAUGCUGCUACCAUUACUGGGUACGAGGAUGUUCCUGCCAACAAUGAGAAGGCACUGCAGAAGGCUGUGGCCAAUCAACCGGUAUCUGUAGCCAUCGAUGCAAGCGGCUAUGACUUUCAACUUUACGAGAGUGGUGUGUUCACUGGGUCAUGUGGAACUGAAUUAGAUCACGGUGUCACAGCUGUUGGAUAUGGCGUUAGUGAUGAUGGAACUGAGUAUUGGCUUGUAAAGAACUCAUGGGGAACAGAGUGGGGUGAAGAAGGCUACAUUAGGAUGCAGAGAGGUGUGACUUCUCAGGAAGGACUAUGUGGCAUAGCUAUGCAAGCUUCUUACCCUACUGCAUAA